UUUUUUUUUUUUAAUACUCCGCAACGUACCGGCCACUGUCAUAUAAUGCUGCGUGUGGUUCAUCUUGGUGUAGAGGAGGCAGUAACAACAUUUAUGCAUAGUUGAAUUUUUAUGUGAUGAUUCAAAAUCUGUCUGAUGUUCUGGUGUAGUUUUACUUCAGUUGCGUACAGGAGGAGGUAAAAUGAUUACUAGGUUUCACCCGUACCAUGGUGGCAAUAUUGUUUUAUUCGAUGACAACACCGUGGCCUAUCGCAAAGCAAGUUUUGCCAAUGCACUUGCCUUUAGUGAAAAGCCUCUUCUACCUGGGGAAAUCUUCCUUUUAGAGAUAGAGAAGAACGAACGCGGCUGGAGUGGUCAUAUGCGACUAGGGCUUACUCAGCUUGAUCCACAGACUGCUGCUGCUGCUGUGGGUGGUCUGCCGCAGUAUGCGCUGCCUGAUUUAGCCAACAUGGGAACUUCUUGGAUUUUUGCUAUUACUAAGUCUCAUAAUAGUAUUUAUGAGUACAGCGUAAUGCCAGACGGCUCCAUGCCGAGUUAUGAAAGACAUAAUGUGCUGGGUGAUGAACAUAGUAUACGAACGUCAAGAGGUUGCAUUCCUCGCAGCUUAUUUCGUUCUUCACCACCAAGUGCUGACCACCAGGUAUUGCCCACAGAUGUUGGAAGCAGAAUUGGUGUCGUUUAUGUGCCUACACAAGGACUAGGAAGAGAGAGUAAUUAUGCUGAAAUGCAUUUCAUCAUUAAUGGAGAAGAUCAAGGGCCAUGCACAAUAGACAUACCAUACAAAGAAGGACCCUUACAUGCUGUUAUCGAUGUUUAUGGCACAACAAAGCAAGUUAGGAUUGUACAGUUAUAUGGAGUGUCUACACUGCAGAAUGCAUGUCGCGAUGCCAUAUUACAGUACAUCAAGAAGGCAUCAGUGGCAUCUUUACCACUACCAAAGACACUAAAGGAAUAUUUGUUGUAUAAGUCAUGAUAAAAGGAAUAUGCAAGUAUGAAUUGUAUCUGAGAGGGAGACUGAUGUUUUACAUAUAGUGGAUGAUAGUCAGAAGCAGAUUUUCUUGUGCAUCUAUCCAUUACUUGUGUAAUAAUAUCCACUCUUGAUGUGAAGUGAUAGUCAUUUUUAUUUAAGAAAAUGAGGUCACUGAGUAAUGAAAUAAAGUCACUCAUGAUUCAUUUCUCAAAAGUAGCAACCGUAUUGCAUUUUGAACUGUGUGAACCAUCAUGAUGCUGGUAUAUUGGUAAAGGCAUUGUGAGGAUGUAAAGUAACGCUUACACUUAAUGAGUCUGCAGUUACAAGUAAAUACGCUUACAUAAUCAUAGUGAACUGUAAAUUCAAAACUCACUCUGAAUAUCAUAUAUUGACACACAGGACUUCUCACAUGGAAGUCUGAGGUCUGUAUUGUUGAAGCGAUACGAAAGGAAGUUCUUUUGCCAGGCAAUAUUUUGUUCCAGAUAUGUCCAUCUGUCAUGUAAAUUCAGAAUAUGUGGUUAAGGAACAAAUUGCUGGUAACAGGUAGAUUAGUUACAUGAGAGCAUCUUCAUUUAAAUAAUGGAGACUGGAUAUGUUACUAAUCAUCCACUGCCGCUUGGUGACAGACACAUUCUACCAAAAUACAUUUCAAAUAGUACUGUAUAAUUGAAGAUAAUAUUUUGCCUCAACACCAUCACCUAAGUGCUGUUAUAGCACUGUGGAACCACUAAGUUUGUUAAAAACUGAGUUUAAAUAGACAUAAUAAACUUCCUUAUUAACAGUAA